AGAAGCUCUUUAACCGAAAUGUAGUAUUAUUGUUAUCCAUUCAUUUUCAAUGUUACUGUUUUUAUAGAAACUGAAUCGGCUCAAAUUCAGGUAUAAAAAAUAGUUGUGUUUUUUUUUUUCGUUUUUAUGAAUGGUAUAAUACACUUGUUAAGUACUGUAUAUGUGUUUAUAUUUAAAGAGAAAACAUGCACAAAAUGUGAUUCAUUGUUUGAAAAUUGCUCGUUUACCCAUUCAAAAAUAAUGUUGUUCAUGUUACAGAAACGGCACUAAAAGAAAUAGUUGGAUAUUUUGUGCGCAAACUUACUAUUUCAUUAUUUUUCCAAAAUGUGAAUUUGGUCAUAAAAAAAAAAACUGGGGAAACUGUGGUGUCUGCGCGCCCUCUAGUGGAAGUGGCUGUGACUCGCCUGUGCUUGUUGCUAUAGAAACGGUUGCUGCCAAGCGUAAGAAAGCACGGUGUCAGCGGCAGGUGACCCCUCGGUGUCCACAGCCGUGUUCAGUGAAACAUUUGUGGGUAAUAAUGGCAGGAAAACACGGCGCGAACCAAUUGGACGUCAGUGCUCUGAGUUGUGAGCAGCAGCAGACGCUGCGACACUUCAAGAUCAAGACGAGAAUCGCCAAUGAGUCAUAUUUGAUGUCGCAUCCAGAGGUGGAUGUGAUGGUAGGAGACUUUGUCAGAAAAGUGCUUCUUCAAAGGCCCACUGACAUCCGUGAGUUUGCUGCAGAUUACUUCACCAACCCAAACCUUCACACAAGUCUUGUCUCAAAAAUGAAAGAAGGCAGUGACACGGAGUGAAACACACUCGUCAGUCGCGGCGGCGCACACGUGUCAUCUUUGUGCAUCACACGUUUGAACUGUUUAUGUUUGUCUGCUACACUAAAGUCAGUGGAUGUAGCUUUGUUUGAUUGACUGUUGUCACACAUAACGAGGGAGAACAUAAUGUCCCGUCUUAAUGACUGUGAUGUGGAGUUAAUGAGAAGCACAGUGUCCUGUGGGUAUUACAGUGCAAACUGUUUGUCACAUCACUCACAUGAUUAAUUAGAGACACACUGAAGAGUUCAUUGUGAGCACAGUUUAGUUGAACUGUAAUCUGCUGAUAUCUGGGAUGUUUCCACUCUUACUGACCACAAUCCACAUGUGAGUGUCACUUCAGCCCACAUUUCCCCAUUUAUUUUCAUUUGUUUUGCAUUCUAAUUUCUUUUUAAGGUGACAUAUUCCUGCUUAUUUCUAUAGUUAGAUAUGGCAAACUCAAUUUUAGCGAGUGCAAUAAAUGUACAAAUUGUUCAACA